AUAUUAUACAAUAUUGAUCGGCGUGAACACUGAACGGAGUACAAAAUAUCCGUCAAGAGAAAUUACAACAUUUUUAUCCUCCGAAAAAGACUAGUGAAACUUCUAUGGUCCCGUAGAAUAUUAAACAUUUAACAUAGAAAACGAACUCUCUACAUCCACUAAAUUGAUCGGUGCAUACUUCAUACAAGAGUACAGCAUCACCCCCUACUAUACUGUUGGGCUAGCCUAAACGUGGUUCCGGUACGGAAUUACCUUUUCUUAGAACUAAAAAUUCUAGUCGAAGUCGAUUCUGUUCUAUUCGAAACAUUUUCAAGUCCCGAGUACUUUAGAAAUGAGUCCAGAUUGUCAAGUUCGAGAACAUUAGGAUUGAGCCCAGUUACGUCUAUAUAUCUGUGAAUGAUAACGAACGUUUUUUAUCCUGUGGUGACGUGGGAUUGUUUGUGUUGAGAAUUGCUUUUUAGUCGAUUUUUUAGUAAACAUUAAGUUUACUAUUUUAUAACUGAUAAACAAUAAAUUGAAAACAAUAAACUUUGAAAAAUAUUCAAAGUAUAAUAGUCAUAUUGUUAGCUUUAAUUUCAUAGUAAAUUGACUUCAAAUCAAAUUCAAAAAUUUAAGCAUAUUUAAUGUCUUUAAUGAAUAAAAAAACAUAAAAUAAUGAAGAAGACAUCUUUUCAAAGACGUUCGUCAGCAGCUAGCGGGACAACGCUAGAAAGACAAAAAUCAACAUUUGAUAGUAAUAAAAAUAAUAAUAUGAGAUUAAAUAGUCAAGAAAAAAAUGGUAUGGUAAAAAGAUCAAUUCUUCCAAAACCCGAAUUUUUAGCGAAGAGAAAGUCAUCAAGACCUGGACUGUUAGAAAGAAAAAAGUCGAUGUCAUCAGAUAAUUUAACCAAGCAUCAUCCUGCAAAAGAGCGGCCAUCGACAUCGAAAAACCCGGUGUGUACAUCCAUGGCUAUUAGCGGUAUUAAUAAAAGUGCGUCUACACCAAAUAUUAAUCUAAAAAACCAUGGAAUAAAUUCUAGUGACAAGAGUCGAAAUUCAAACUCAGAACCACGUUAUAGUCACUACGGUUUAGUUAAGAAAAGAAAAGAAGUCCGACCUUUAACAGAAAAAGACUUUCAACAAACAGCUAUACAUAAAAUUCAAAAUUAUUUUUUGACUGCUCCAAAUGCAAGUAAAAUUCUAAAUAACGGUAGUAUAAAGCCAAUGACGACUACUAGGUUUACUGAUAUGUGCAAAUAUCUAUUACAAAAGUUAGAAAGAAAUCAAACAUUAAAUGAAAACAAGUAUGUGGACGAAUUACCUAAAAUUAUGGGAAAAUACUACUAUAAAGGAAAAGUGGAUAAAUCAUGGCUUAUUACUGUUAAUACUAGUCAUUCAUUUCCACAAGUGGUUGGUUUAUUACUCUGGUUAGUAGAAUUAUGUGAGUCACAAAAAGAAUUCAACGUAUUGGAUGAAAUGUAUCCGUCAACCCUGGAUCCGAAUAAAUCUGAAGAUUAUGAACAAAAAGUGCAAUUUAAAUUGUACUUGCCAUUUUUAUUAAAUUCAUAUCAAAUUGAGAGUAGAGGAACUGUUAAACCAGAAAUUCGAGAAUUACUCCAUAAACAAGAAGAUCUCUUACUGGAAAAUUAUGAAAAAACACUGGGCAUUGAUAAGAAAUUAUUGAUUAAAUUAGAGACAGAAGUUAAUAAUUAUAAGAAGGAUCUUGAUACAUUGAGUGACAUUACUGAAGAACAAAAAUUAGAGGAAAUGAAAACUAUAAAAAUAGCAUUACAUAAAGAUAUUGUUAACUCAAAAAAAUAUAUUGAAGAUUUACAAAGUUGUUAUUAUGAAAUACAGGAACACAUAUCAAAAAAAAAGAAUGAAUGCGUUUUUCAAGAAAACAGUAUUGAAAACUUACAAAAGGAAUUGUAUAUUGUGAACAAUUGUAUCAAUAGUCAAAAGAUUACUCAAACGGAUAAGAAAACGAUUGAAGAAGAUAUUCUUAGUCUGAGACAAGACAUACAAUUUGAGGAAAAUUGUUUUGAAGAAUACAAAAAUAUGGUGUACUCUGAAAACGUAAAAGCUAUUGAUUUUAAAUUGAAACUGAACACAUUAUUUGUACAAUACCAUAAACUGUGUGCUGAAAAUAUUGUUGUAUUACCUGAACUUGAAAACGCUAUAACAGAUAAGAAUGUACUAGUUAUGCACAUAAGAGAAUCUCUAAAAAAAAUUGAUGAAUUACUUAAAUGUUUGAAAGACAAAAAUGUUAAGAAACUGAAAGAAGUUGAACAAAAAUUUGCUUCUAUGAAAAUUGAAGUUGAUUCAGCACAGCUAGAAUACAACAAACUGAAGAUAUUAGCUGAAAAAUUAGAUUUUGAACGCGAUGCUAACAAAAAACGUUUGUUAGAAAUCACUGAUCAUCAAUUUAAGGAAAAAGAAGAGCUUGUAAAUAAGUUGAAUGAUAUUAAAGCAGAAAUAAAAAAUAAUAAUUUUUCUAACACUGAAAAUGUUAAGCUAAUUGAAAUCAAAACAGAAGAAAAAAUUAAUUUAUAUCAAGAGAUUAGUGAAAUGGAAAAUGAAAAGGAAUACAUCUCAACAAGGGCCUACAAUUCUUUGAAAAAGCACGCAGAACUUAUUGAAGAAACAAAAAAAUGGUUAAGAAAUUAAAUGAUGAACAAUUACAAAAGCUACAAUCAAUUAAAAGUAAAUAUAUCCAACAUUAAAAUAAAUGAUUUGUAUGUACGCUGUACAACACACCUAUAUAAGCUAUACAAGUGCAUAUAAAUCAAUAGUUCUUGUAUAAUUUUAUGAAUUACCUAGUUUAAGAGUUUAUUUUUAUAU